CUCAUCUAAAUGCAAGGAUUUUACUGGAAGACACAUUUCAACUGAAAGAAUCUUGAGAUCAGCUGAAGGACAGAUGGAGGUAAAGGUGUAUGUUGAAGGAGUUCAGCGCAUCGUUUGUGGAGUCACUGAAAAAACAACGUGUCAGGAGGUGGUCAUCGCUUUAGCACGGGCACUUGGUCGCACUGGGCGAUAUACUCUGAGAGAGAAGUUCAAAGAGUAUGAACGUAAUGUAACUCCGGAUGAACGGCUCCUGGAGUCCUUGGAAAAAUAUGGUGAACAAGCGAAGGAGGUGCAGCUUACUUUGAAGCAUAUCGGUCCAUCCCUUGGGGAAGAAACAAGCCAGCCCAAAGCUCAAAUGAGGCGAGCAGAAGGGGGCGGGAGGGCAAGGAGAGGCAGUGGGGGAAUUGCCCUACACCGACAGAGUCUUCCACCACUAUCGCGUCUCUGCCUCCACUCCGAGCCGCCCCCCGAGGAACCAAAGAGACCCAAGAGGAAGUCGCUGACACUAAUGGAGGAAGCAUGGGGUUGGCUGGAAAACUUGGGCAAAGGCGGGAGGCCACAAUUAGGACAAGAUAAGGGGAAAGAAGGAAAUGAGUACUCAGAUAAGGCAUCUCCGAAACAAACCAAAAGUACCUUGGUCUCUGGAGCACUACAAGGAAAGGACAAAAAAGACAAAAAUAGAGUCACUCUACAUCAGCCUUUGAUCAGUUGCCUUGGGAAACGUGGCAGAUGUAAUGAUGAGUAUGGUAUGAGUGUGAGAAAAGAGGAAGUGAUAAGAAAAGACACAGAGGAGUUGAAAACCAUCACAACUGGCAAGGCAAUGAUUCCACAGAUUCCUAAAACUGAAAGUGAGGAGAUUGUAGAGUUAAGAAGACUGAUCAUCCAACAACAAGCAAGUCUGAAAAAUCUCAAACUGAAAAUAGAAUCAACUGACCAGCUGAUCAGUGAGCUUGAAGAGCAACAAGAUUCCAGACAGAGUUUCGAGUCACUGUUGGAAGAAGAGGAACAGAUCGAGUUUUGGAUGAAUGAGCUCAAGGCAGAGGAAGGCCACGAGAGAGACCUGCAGAGGCAGUUCUUUCAGAUUAAGGAGGAAGCUGCAAAGUGCAAAGCUAAAUUAGAAGAAUACAAACAGAAAUGCCAAGCUAUGGACCUGCGACACACUCUGCAGCUUCAAAUGGGACAUUUGCAUGAAAAUGCCACUGGACAGAAUAGUCAAGUGGACACACCGAAUCCUGUGUUGCAGCAUGCUGACCCAAGCAUCAAACAAACACCGAUGUCAGCGGAUGUGUUACAUGGAGACAAUGGAUCAAAAAGUGUAGUCACAACACUGGAGUCCAAACUUCCAUACGUGUUUGUUUCUGCAAACCAGAUAUCACAUCCCCCAUCAAGUGGACCAGCAGACCUGAGGGAAUGGUGGACGCGAUGGUCACAGAGUCAGAAUCCAUCAAAAGGGACAAAACCAAAAGUUGUGCAUCGCUCUGAAAUCACCAUACACCUUGGAAGCACAAGAGUUUAGGCAAAUAAAUACAGUUCUAAAUCUGCCUUGUGCUGUUCACUGACACCUCAUGCAUGCUUAAAGGAAUGUUCUGGGUUCAAAACAAGUUAUGCUCUGUCAGUUAUGACUGCAUUUGAGGCAUAAUGUUGAUUACCACAAAAAAUAAUUUUGAUAUAUAUAUAUAUAUAUAUAAAUCUGUUGCAAUAAGGCAUGUGGAAUUGAAAGGGGCCAGUCCAUAAUUGUUAAAAUACACGUUUCAAAAGCAUAGCCACAAGUGAAAACAUUAUACGUUACCUUGAUUUUAGUGUGAUAAAAUCAGGGAUUAACUGGCAUUAUAGCAUUUUGACCUGAUUACAGGGUUU